GAACACAACACCUGGACACAUCCGACUUUUGCCACUCAAAGACACUUUGUCUGUUUGUAAAGAUGCUCAGCAGGAUCUUGUUUGUGUGCCUGUCUCUCAGUCUGUACAGUGCAGGCUCCUCGCUAAGCUGCAGAUGGGUGGAUCAUAAAUUCAGACAGCACAGUGAAACUUCUCUGGAUCUACUCAACACCAUGGCUAUUGAGGAUGCUGAAGUGGAGGACACUGUGGCCUUCCCUAAUCAUUUGUACAGCCACGCAUCCAGAGCAUCAGCUGAGGAUAAACUUCAUUUCACAGUUCAGGUUCUGGAGGAGGCGGCUGCCCUGUUUGAGGAGGAUCACAGCAAUGCUUCAUGGGAGGAGAACACAGUGGAGAACUUUGUCAAUGUUGUAAACCAGCAGGCUGACGGCCUUCGCUCCUGUACUGGGAGUCACGGCCACAAGAAGAAGAACAAGAAGCUGCACAUGUAUUUCAAGAGACUGUCGAGUCACGUCCUGAAGAACCACAGUGCUGAAGCCUGGGAGCUGAUCAGGAAGGAAAUCAGGACCCAUCUGAUGAGAGCAGACCAGCUGGUUUCAUCUCUGCUCAACACCAACUAAAAUCUGUAAUCUGACUGUCAGAUGAACAAUCUGUUUAUUUAUUGACAUGAAGAAUAUUUAUUAACUUAUUUAUUUAUUGAA